AUGGGAGGCAAGGGAAGAAAAAGGAGAGAGAAGAACUACAAGGCUGCUCACGGUGGCGCCACCGCCCUUCCUCCACCGCCUAAAUCCUCUCAACUCGACGCUCUUCCCUUCAAACUUCGCCAAAUCAUCUCUUUCUCUAAAAACCAAAACGAUUCUCCUGGUUUAUCAAAGAAAUUAGAUGGUGGUGAUCCUCAAAAGGUGGAUACUAAGGUGGAUACUAGUGCACCAUUGAAGGCACGUCAACACAGUGAUGAACCGCUUAGUGGAAAUGAUGAUAAGAAUAAGAAAAAAAGAAAGAGGAAGGAGGUUAAAGAUCUCAGGUUUGCAAUAGAUGGGGAUAAAACGAAUGCACAGUUAAAGAAAAAGGAGCGCAAAAAGAAGUAUGAAGCGAAAAAGAAGAAGCACAAAAAGGUUGAAGAAGAUGAAAUUUUGGACUUUCCUGGAAAAGAAAAAAUAAAAUUUGGAGAUAUUGUACAAGCCCCACCAAAGUUAUCUUUCAUUCCAAAAGGAGUCAAGAUUUCACAGGAUGCUUCUCAUGAGAGACUUAGACUUCGAGCUAUAGAGGAGUACAGGAGUCGCAAAGCAUGGACAUCAAGACCAGGAAAUCACCGCCCACCACCGGUGACUACACCGGAACUUUAA